AUGGACAACUCCAUACAAGCUUCAUUCCUCAGCGAAAAAUUCCGGCAAACUACCAAAUCGUUACUCGGGAACUGUCGCUCUAAAUCUGGCGCAACCAAGGAAGAUUUCGAAACUUUGAGAGACAGAAAAAUCCCCACUACUAAAACAGGUCUUUGCCUCAUGGACUGUCUAUUUGAAGGAGCGGGUAUCAUGGAAAAUGGAAAGUUUAUCAGGUCUGGAAUGGUGAAUUCUCUUACAGCGGCAAUGAAGGGCGAUGAAGCCAAGAUAGCAAAGUUAAAUGAGCUGGGGAAGGUUUGUGAGAAGGAGUUAGAUUAUAAACAGUUUCCUGAAUGUCAAACUGGAAAGAAGAUUCUUGAGUGUUUGGCUAGAAAUGGAGAGAAGUAUGGUUUGGAGUUUGUCAAUACUAAAACCGAUAAAUAA